AUGAGUGGAAAAAAGGCUAUUGUAUUAUUAACUGAAGGAGCUGAAGAAAUGGAAUUCACCAUCACGGUGGAUGUUUUACGUCGUGCCAAAAUCGAUGUUACGGUUGCCAGUGUAAAAGUCACUCAAGCAUACGCUACUUGCAGUCGUGGUGUCAAGAUUUGUCCUGAUGUCACUUUUGAAGAGAGCCAUUUCAAAGCUGAAGACUAUGAUGCAGUUAUUAUCCCUGGUGGUGCUGGUAGUGCAAAAACACUCAGCGCGCACGAAGGUGCCAAGGCUCUUGUCAUGGAAUUCUACAAGCAUCAUAAAAUCGUGGCAUUUAUUUGUGCUGGUACACUUGUUGCAAAAGCAGCAGGUAUUCCCCAUUCUCAUACUGUCACUUCUUAUCCUGGCGCUGUCAAGGAGCAAUUAGUCAAUGUCUACAAGUAUUCUGAGGAACGAGUGGUUGUGGAUGAUAACGUCAUUACGAGUCGUGGACCAGGUACAUCCUUCUUAUUCGCAUUAACCCUUGUUGAACAACUUGUCGAUGUUAAGGUACAACGAACACUUACAACACCUUGGCUCUCAUAA